AUGGAGACACCAAUCAUUGAGACUACGCAAGCCAUGAUCGCAUCUACGACCACGACAUACGACACAGACAUUCGUUUCCUUCUUGUCAACCAAAUUGUACAUUCUGUUCCCACCAGACCUAUCAAGGCCAUGUCGAUAAAUGUACCACAGCGUAUCGAGCUAGCGGAUCGAAUUUUCUUCAGACCGCAAGGUGUAGACUUACUCUUGGGAGCAAAGAUCUUCUGGGACAUCCUGGAAAUGGAUAGGAUCCAGUUGGGAGCUAAACAACUAAGACUACAAUCAACAAAAUUAAGAUGGUUAGUAUGUGGAGAGAUGGUACCAGUCCAUCAACAAUCCCAUAACAAUCUGAUCAUCUGCGGGCUUAUUCGAAACGAAGAACUUCAUGCACAGUUAGAACAAUUCUGGCAGAUCGAAGACAUACCAAAUUCCAAAAUACGAUCACCAGAAGAAACUAAGUGUGAAGAUAUCUUCCGGAAUCAAUAUACGAGAACGGUGGAUGGACGGUUCGAAGUGCCGUUACUCUUCAAGGAGGAUUCGAACACACUUGGCGAAUCCAAGGUCAACGCAUUCAAACGACUGCGCAACAUGGAACGCAAAUUCCAGAGAGAUGUCACUCUACGAAACGAGUACGUCAAAUUUAUGAACGAAUAUACCAUGCUCGGACAUAUGUCUCCACUGCCAGACGUUGACACUGCAAGAGCCAAUUACCUAUCACACCACGCAGUAGUCAAGGGAACGCCGACGUCAGCUAAAUUCAGAGUGGUUUUGGACGACGCGUCCAGCCCGACCAUGUCUGGAAAAUCUCUCAACGACUGCUUGAUGGUGGGACCAACCAUUCAGCCGAAACUGAUCGACACCUUACUACGUUUUCGACAACAUCCUUUCGUUCUAACCGGAGACAUAGUCAAAAUAUAUAGACAGGUCACACCUGAUCACAGACUACAUCAAUGCAUACUGUGGAGGCCGGACCCAGAAGUUCCCCCCCACUACAUUCAGUCUGAACACUGUUACAUACGGAACGGCCUCAGCACCCUUCCUGGCGAUACGAUUGUUACAACAAUUAGCUAUCGAUUUCGAAUGAACACAUUCUCAUGCAACCACGGUCAUAACUCGAGAUUUUUACGUCGACGAUAUGAUCACCGGGGACUCAUCGAUGGAAGAACUCUUAGCGAUCAAAUCUUAAGUCACAGAUAUCUUACAAAGGUUGCAGGUUUCGAAUUGGCCAAAUUUCACGCAAAUAUUCCGCUGGAUCACGAGAAGUGUAUAGGAGAUUAUGAUCUUACCGACACCAAAAUUCUAGGCCAUUGCUGGCAGCCAACCCCAGACUCAUUAAACUACAAGACAACUUGUAAUUCCAUGCCUGAAAGCAUUACGAAGCAAACGAUAUUGUCUCUAGUGACUCAGGUCUUUGAUCCACUGGGCUUGAUUGGGCUGGUUACUAUCAAGGCAAAGAUCCUUUUACAAACACUCUGGCAACUAAAACUAGACUGGGAUACUCCUAUCCCAGGACAACUCAAGGAUAUAUGGCUGAUCUACUAUCACCAGCUAACAACACCACGUCACGCCAUAUUACACGAUCCAAUCGACAUUCAACUGCAUGGUUUUUGCGAUGCGUCGCAAUCCGCUUACGGAGCAUGCAUCUACCUCCGUUCCGUCGACGACACGGGAAAUAUCAACGUACAAUUGUUAACUGUCAAAUCACGCGUGGCUCCAUUAAAAACAAUCAGCUUACCCAGACUAGAAUUGUGUAGUGCUGUACUCCUCGUUAACUUGGGGAGAAGAGUGACACAAGCUCUUACUUGCACAAUCACAGGACGUCAACUAUGGACCGACUCGGAGAUAAUGUUGGCAUGGAUACGGGGAGAACCGUCAACAUGGCAAACGUUCGUGGGAAAUCGCACUGCAGAGAUUCAACAACUGACCGAUCAACAAGAAUGGUGGCACGUGCGCUCCGAACACAAUCCUGCUGAUUUAAUAUCUCGUGGAAUGUUUCCAGAUCAAUUCAUCGACGCCACCUUAUGGUGGAAAGGCCCCCCAUGA